CUCACGGUGACCGCGUUGGGAGCCUUGAGGCUCAGAAGCCAUUGCUCUCUCGCCAACCACCAUCUGACCGUCUGUCGUGAACCGUCUGUCGCGCAGACAUUGACAAAUCUGCUGCAAAUGGUUUGGCCAUGGAGUCCGCAACAGACGGCACCUUCUCCCGACAAGCGCAGGACGAAGCUCGUUGAGAUUGACUCCAAGCUGGACGAUACAGCUGCUUUGAUCCGAGAGCUGAAGGCGAAGACGCUCUCCCUUCCAGUCGAUGUACUCCUUCUCGCCGCGUUUCUGGCCGGAUCAGCUAGCGCCGCAGGAACCAUAGGUGUAUACAGAAGAUACUGGCGGAGGCUGCCCACCGCGGACUGGAUCACGCCGGAGAUUCUGGUGAAGGGCCGUUGGAUCAAGGGAUAUGUAACAAGCGUAGGUGAUGCGGAUAAUUUCCGCUUGUAUCACACGCCUGGCAUUGGUUGGCGAUGGCCACUGAAGUUUAGGACCAUACCGACAACACGAGGAGAUUUGAAGGACCAGACGAUACAUAUACGGUUAGCGGGCGUUGAUGCCCCUGAGGCUGCCCAUUUUGGCAAGCCGGCUCAAGAGUUCGCGCAAGAGAGCCUGGCAUGGCUGAAGUAUUAUAUCGAGGGGCGGUUUGUGUACUGUCAGCUAUGCCGGAAGGAUCAGUACGGACGUAUUGUAGCACACGUGCAUUGGAAGCCCCGCAUCCUCCCGGGCUCUCUAGCGACCGGGAAGUCAGUCCCAAUCGAGAUGCUUCAGCACGGUUGGGCCGAGGUAUACGAGCAGUCUGGCGCAGAGCACGGGCAGCUGGGUGUGGACGAAUUCUUGCGAGUCCAGGGCGAGGCGCAGACUGCGAAGCGUGGAAUCUGGAAGUACGGCCUCAAGCGCGAGUCUGCCGCUGACUACAAGAAGCGAUACGCUUCCGGGGAUACGUCAAAGCCAGUACUUGUCAAGACCAAGGAUAGUAUGGAUAAAACAGAGGGCACUACGCAGGCUGAAGCCAGUACACAGUCGGGUGGUGUCUUCCGCAGAUUGUUCCGAGUAAUGUUUAGGCGAUCAGCCUGACACAUAUACCCAACAUACGCUUAGCUUUCUGUGAUAUGUACUGGACGUUCAGCCUUUGUCGCAGACACUAGGGCAGUCUCCAGCAUUGUCCCUCGGUCUUCGGUUUGUAUUCUGUGGUCCACCAUCGUGGUCGCUAAAGAUAUAUAUUCCUAUUGACUAUU